AUGAUUGCCAGAGUGCUGGAACAGAUGAAAGCCAUAUCGCAGGUAUUGACAGGUGACCGACAUGCACGCUCCCUCAUCCCAACCCGGCAGGAUGCUGAAGUGUUGGAGUCCAUUCAUAAGGCACUGCAUCCUCUCUCCGAAUUUACUGAUGCUCUUUCUGGAGAAGAGUAUGUGAGCAUCUCCUACCUCAAGCCAGUUCUCCAUCUUCUGGCAACAUCAGUCUUGGCUGAAGAUGCUGAGGACACUGAUCUGACUAGAUCAAUUAAAACCAAGGUCCUGGCAUACCUCAACGACAAGUAUAGUGACCUCAACACCCAGGAGCUUUUGGAUGUUGCGUCGUUCAUGGACCCUAGGUUCAAAACGCAAUACAUCAGCGCAGACAACCUUCCUGCCAUUAAGGCCCGACUGAAGACAGAAAUGGUGGAAUCGGCUAGACGUACACAUAAUCAGGAGAAGAGGUCUCGCACUGAAACUGCUCAAAAUUCUCCAAGUGCACAGGCCUCUGGGGGAAAGGCAAAGAAGACUCUUGGUAGUCUUUUUAAAACCAGUGCGGCCUCUUCAGCUUUGCCUCUGCCACUUGAAGAUGUCGUGGAGGCAGAGUUGAAUAGUUACCUGUUGACCCCUGUCAUUGACGGAGAGGAUGAUCCCUUAGCCUGGUGGAAGGUGCACAACAUUCACUUUCCACAACUGUGCAAGAUGGCCCGCAAAUAUCUGUGUGUGCCAGCCACAAGUGCCCCCUCAGAGCGUCUGUUCAGCACUGGAGGGAAUAUAGUGACCUGCACUCGCUCAUCCUUAAAGCCAGCAAAAGUAGAUAUGCUGGUCUUCCUAGCAAAAAACCUGUGA